AAUUUAGUUACCAAACAUGGCUGAAGUCUGAAUUAGGACGCGGCACAUGGCAGGUCAUUUGCAAGUGGGCCCCAAACAAAUCCUACUAUAUAACUAACCGCAAUUCCCCCCAAUCACAAUAGCGAACUAAUUCUCUCUCUCUCUCUCUCUCUCUCUCUCUCUCAGUUCCUGUUUUGCUGAUUACUUUUUCAGAGAGAGAAUGGCCUCGUCUAGGUUUUUCAUUGGAAUUUUAUUGGCCGUGUUCGCAAUUGUUUCCGCCGUAGUUCCCCCCUCCGCUCUUGCUCAGUCGAUGGCCCCUGCUCCUGCUCCUGUCAGCGAUGGAACUUCAAUUGACCAGGGUAUUGCUUGUGUGUUGAUGCUUGCUGCCCUUGUUCUCACAUACCUCAUUCAUCCCUUGGAUGCUUCUUCCUACAACUUCUUCUAAAUUUCAGUACAUGCUCAAUGCUGGGUCAUGGGGUAGUAUAUCAUUUAGUUUGGAAUACCAUUUUUACUUUCGAGUUUUUUCUUUUUGGUGUUUUCCCAUGUAAGUUCUUUUGCUACAAUAUUGCCAAGUUUAGUCUUUCGCAAGUGGAGUGGUACCACGGAAUAGACACCAUGUACUUCCGUGCAUUUAAUAUAAGUGAACUUCAUUAACUA